UUAUAAAUGGCCUCCCCGCCCUGCUUGUGCGUGCUCCCUGGGAGAGCGCAGCACCGCGUUCCGGUGCCCGCUGUGUCCUCUGUGAGAGGUCCCGGUCAUGUGAUCACUGAUUGGCCAAUCAGUGAUCACUACGUGUGAAAUCUGUGACUGAUCACAGAGCUCACAUGGUACAAGGCUAUUCACAACAGCCUUGUACCAUGUGACAAGCUGUGACCAAUCACAGCUCACACAGUA